AUGAGUGCUAUUGCCAUAAAGUUAGGCUCCUUGCUUAUAAGACAGGUUACCAGGCCUGUUGCUAACUUAUUAAAGCAACAAGCUAAACAGCAUGCCGUUUUCAAAGGAAUGUGUGUAAGGUUGGCACAACGAAUGCACCGAGUGGAUGCCAAACUUCGUAUGAAAUUGACACCUAUGAGCCAAGAGAAGAAGAUUAGGCCAUUAAACGAGCAGAGAGCUGUUGAAAACGGCGCCACUCUACUUAGUGAAUUGUUUGUAUUUAGUGUGACCGGGAGUAUAGUUAUUUGGGAGUCAUUGAGGCAGCGUAAUAAGGAACUAGCUCGUCGCGAUCAAGUGGUCCGCGAUAUACAGUUAAUGCAAAGUGAAAUACAAGAACUAAAACAAUCCAUUGGCUCGAAAAACGAGAAACAGGUGUCAAUGUCGACUAAGUAA